GCUUGGCAUUUUUCAGUUGCGUGGGUGCUGAUGCCAAUGUCACCACCGGCCAUGGCACAGAGGGGCUCGCCUGCAGCAUGGCUGAGAGCUGCCCAGGGAACACGACGCAGCUGAGGCAUCAGGGACACUUCUCCAGGUGCCCGGAGGAGUACAAGCACUACUGCGUCAAAGGCAGAUGCCGCUUCCUCGUGGCCGAGAGCGCACCAGCUUGUGUGUGUGAGCGAGGCUACACGGGAGCUCGGUGUGAGAGGGUGGACAUCUUCUACCUGCGAGGCGAUCGGGGCCAGAUCGUGAUCAUCUCCCUGAUCGCCGCCAUCGUCACCCUCAUCAUCCUCAUCGCCUGCAUCUGCAUCUGCAGUCACCACUGUCGGAAGCAGCGUAGGAAGAGAAAAGCCGAAGAGAUGGAGACUUUAAACAAGAAUUUGCCUUCCAAAAGUGAGGAUGUGCUGGAGAUGG